AUGUCCCACGCAACGGCGUUCGAGCUGUCGACUCCUUACAACCGCCACGUCUAUAAUUACGAGCGAUACGAUGCGAUGCUCAACGCCGUGGUGCCGCUUGUGCCAACGCGGCCGCCGCCUCGGUCCAGCGGGCGCGCCCAAGCCAAGUCGCUCAGUGGUGCGUCGACACCCGAGGCGGGAGCGCCCGGCGUCCGGCGUGACACGGGCAAGUCGUCCAAGCGCCACACGCUACUGCUGCCGCAGAUCUCGACGCCCGACGAAAACAACGCGACGACGACGUUCAUUACGCAUCUGCGGCAAAAGACCGACGCGGAAGAGCUCCGGCCGCCGUCGCCCUUUGAGGACGAGCGCGACGAGGCGACGGCUGUCGACCAUGACAACUACUUUGGCCUCGACGCACUCUCUCGCUUUUGGCGUAUGUUUCAGCGACAGGAAACCAAUGCCCGAACCAAGCGGCCGCGCCCUCGCUCGGCCCGCACCACGUACCUCCAGCGACUCCAGCAGCUGCACCGAUGCCCCGAGCCAAUGGGCAUCAUUCGCAAAAGCGAAUUGCCUACAGUGGACUUACACGCGUAUGCCAUGGGCAGUGAGGCUGCGACCGCCAUGGGCGCGAGCUUGGCGCUCGUCCCGAGCAUUGAGACGCUCAACUUGGCAUCGAAUCGGAUCUCGGACGCGGCAGCCAGCGACGUGAUUGCAUCGAUGGCAGCGUCGACGACGCUACGAGCGCUUGAUUUCGCCGCCAACGACUUGGGGCUGCAAGCCGCCAAGGCCCUCGCGACGCUUCUCGGGUCGACAAAGACCCUCACGUCCAUCAACCUCGCGCACAACAAGCUCAACAGCCGCGCGAUCGGAGUGCGCUCUCUCGACCAGAAUGCGGUGGCCGAUCGUCCGUCGUUCGUAGCACUCAAGAAGAGUCCGACCGUGACCCAGCUCAACAUUUCCGAGAACGCCUUCUCGACGCCAGGCAUGCUCGCGAUCGCCAAGCUUUUGGAAGAAAGCGCCAAGAUUGAAGAGCUCUACCUGUCCUGGAAUAAAAUUCGCGGCAUUGGCGCGCAGCGGAUCGUCGAGGCCAUUGGCUUCCACAACUCGCUGCGCGUGCUCGACUUGUCGUGGAACAGCCUCAACUCGUGCGCGCACCACACCGUCGCCACGGCCCUCGCCACCGCGCUCGCCAACAACAAGGUGCUCGUGCACCUCGAUUUAAGCAACAACGGCCUCGACGUCGACGACUGCACGAUCCUCUCGAAUGCACUCGUCGCCAACCACACAAUCCUCGGGCUCCACAUGGUCGGCAACCAAGGCUAUGUCGACGCCCGAGGGUUUCUGGUGCCGUCGACGGAGCCCAUGCACUUGCAGGCCCAGCACAAGGUGUCGAGCAUCGCAGAGUACGAACGGUACCAAGGGACCGACGAGAGUGCGUACGAGCACUUUUGGCUCUGCGUCGACCGCCAGUGCUGGCUCUGCGGGCGCUGGUCCGAGUACCGGUUCGUAUGGACGCCACCCCACUCGAUCGACCCGAAAGCCAAGGUGCAACUCCAUCUCUCGAUCGACGACUGGGUCGGCGACUCGAUGAGCCUUGCUGCGAACGACACGUACCUCCUCUACCGCAUGCUUCCGCCGGGCAAAACCCAGUACUUUAUCACGGUCUCGACCGACGUUCUUGCCUCGUCGUCGGUGGCGAGCAGUGGUGGCACGCGCACGGUGCGGCAGUUUUACACGAUGAAGGACAAGCGAGCCUCCCGCAUCCUUCGGCAGCCCGGCGACGACGACAUUUUCGGCACCCUUCACUACGCCAACUACAUCGCCAUGUCGCGCUCGGACGACGCCAACCCGUGUCGGGCCACCAUGCCCCGACCUGGCUCGAACGUCGUCAAGGCGCUCAAGUGGGACAUCAAAAAGUCCGUGUUUGCGUCGCGCGCCAAGGAGAGUCCCAGCAAAGCUUAUGUGGACACGGACAUGCUGGUCACCAAGGCGUUCCUUGUUGACUUCAAGCACUGCAAGAUCGACCGCAUCGUUCGUGACGCGCUUCGAAAGAAAGAGCUCGAGACGAUCGGCGCCGUCUACUUCCGCGUGAUUAGCAAUUUAUACCGCACGUACUGCAACCGCGGCGUCCCGAGCCGGGGCACGGCGAUGGACACGAUUUCGAUCUCGUGGGCCGGGUUUCUCGAGUUUAUCAACGACAGCAAGCUCGUCGACGAGAGCUCCGAGCGCUGCAAGAUGAGCGACAUGGACAACGUCUUCGUCGCUGCCAACCUCGAAGUCACAGACGAAGCCAAGCAGCAAGACAACCCGGAUCGGAGCCUCACGCGCUUUGAGUUUCUCGAGUGCAUCAUCCGCAUCGCGAUCAACAAGUACGCGACGGGCAAAAAUGCCUUGUGCGAGACGCCGGCGCAGGCGUUCGAGAAGCUCAUGCAAGAGCACUUGGUGGCCAUGACGCCCCAAGACAGCAACGAGUUUCGAACCAACUACCUCUACACCGAAGCCGUGAGCGACUGCCUCGUCGAGUAUGUGGUCAUGCUCAAGGACCUCUACCAAGACAACAGCGGCAAGUACUGCAAAGUGGGCGAUGUCAAGGGCAUGGCCAUCCAAGAAUUCAUCGACCUCCUCGAGCGAUUCAAUGUGUUUGACGACAAGUUUAAAGUCCGCGAUGUCCGCGAACCUUUUUUCGCGUCCAAAAUGAUGACCCUGGACGAGAUGGCGUCCACAUCCCAACGGCGCAUCAUCUACUUUACCGAUUUUCUCGAGCUCUUGCUGCGCGUGGCACUGCUGCGGUACCCGCCAGCGUCCGAGUCCGUGCCCGACGCAGUCCACUCGCUCGAGCAACUCUUUGUCGAGCACUUUUGCGCCAAGGACCAGCUCGUCUCGGCCUUUCGAAGCUCGGCCGAGAAGGCGAUGGCAGCGCGGCUUCUCACGACGCCACCAGGCUCGGCGCACGACGAUCCCAAAGGCGCCUCGCCCCGGUCCCGCGGCUCCCGGCGGACGUCUCGGAAAACGCUGGCCGUGCUCGCCAUCAUGAGCUCCGACAUUGGAGACAGCAAACGACAACCGUCUCGAUAAGGCGUCGCAUCCCAUAGAUUCUGCAU